AUGUUUGUGUGUGUCCCUGGAAAAACUGUGUUUUGGCAGGAGUUGAAACGCCGCUGGACGUCCGUUCUCCAUCACAUUUGUGGCAUACAUCGCUGGGAGGAAGACGGACAGGAGAGGACUUGCUACCACCGGGACCUCACUGAAGAGCAGCAGAGAAGGAAGAAAUGGCUGCAAACCGUCUCUGCUGCAUUCCAGACACUGUCGGACCACGUACUGAACAAGAACCUGUUGAAAGACCUCAACCACAUGACUCUCUUCCAACAUACAGGAGCCCUGGAGGUGUACCACAGUGCAAUGCUGAAGUACACUGAAAAGAGGCUUCACUUCGCCUACAGCUCUAUGAAGGCACGCACCCUACUCUCUGUGAUGGACAACAACGAGAAUGUUGGCCGUCAACAAGCAACGACCAGUGAUGGGACUCCGAGAUACAAUUUGGUUUUUCCCAAACAAUCUAAAAGAUGGGUUGCCAGGAAGAGGUACGAGCCAACCAGGCAGACAUUCAGGAAGGAUUUGGUGGAGCGGGUCCUGGAAAGGCGCAUGGAUCCUACUGUGAAGUUUGCAGAUCCACAUUUUUAUAUCCAGCAACCAGCUACUAUACCCGACAACAUAGCUACCACUCCAAGACCGGACAAAGAUCAAAGUAUUGCAGAGCACGUCUCCCGUUUUAAAACAUGAUUAAAAGGGGAAAAUGAAAGUCUAACUGGAGUUUAGUGUGGUGCUAAAUACUGUCUGCAAACAUUAGUAAAAAGACAAAAAGGUCAACAGCAAAACAUUUAUUGAACCAUAUACGCGUACAUUGUUGUUAAAAUGUUACCGUAAACAAUCGUAAUGUCAUCUGUAACCAAAUGUAUGUCUUCUUUUUGUGUUUGAUGUAAAGGAUUUGUUGAAGUAGCAAAUGUUUUCUAGUAGACUACAGUAGUGUUGUGUUCAAAACAAUCUCAGAGCAUCUUGUGCUUCCCUGAAUCCAACAUAUUGUCCAGCGGCCGAAGGGUAUUUGUUUCGGAUGCUGGUCACUACACAGGAUGGAAGAACACGUCGGUUUCCUCUUCCCAGCUGUGUUCCUUUCAACCCCCACUCAAGAACGAUUCUGUAAGCCACCAAUCGGUACUGCCUAAAACAAGAAGGAAUACAAGUUAGCUUUUGGGAGCAGGCUCUUACAAAAGACAGCUAAACUAUGGUAAUAGCACACAAAGACAAUGGCCCUACUGCUGUUCAUGGUGGUAGACUGAUUUGCUGAAUUGAUCAGGCUAAAAAGCCUACGGCCUAUGUCUAUAUAGUAAAAAAAUUGUCCAAGCAAGUCACGCUUGUGUAUUUCAUUUUUGCCUUUAGUCCUGGUAGGACCUUUUUAACCAGAGCAAUAUUGUAAUUAAGAAACUUCUUAGUUAAUAAAAAAGAAUA